AAUGCAGCGAAGAUGGCGGAGGAGGAGGGCAGCGCGACUGAGGUUGUGGCCCUCAGACACAAAUUUCAGGAUCUCAUCUCUGAAUUAAAAAGGAGCUCAGAGUCGACGCUAGAUGCCUCCAAUAGUUUUUGUCAGGAUUUCUGUCAAGUUUUGAUGCAUCAUGGAUGUCAGUGGAGAGCAGAUGAAGAUCCGCUUCCUCUUUUGGAGAUGUAUACAGUAGCUAUAAUGUGUUGUGCUGAGGCCAGCCCGUUCCUCAGCCCUGAAUGUGAACACAUCACAGAUGUGCUGGAGAAGUUGUCAUGGAGCUGUCUGAAUCUUCUGUUGUCAUUCUCUGAACAAAUCCCUGGUGCCUUAUGGGAAGAGUUUCAAUCUUCUGUCAAGAUGGCUCAUGGCAUUCUUCAGGCACAUGGAAACUCACAGCUUCACAACCUGUUGACUCUAGCAGAGGAGAUUGGUGUGUGGUCCAACGCCACGCUGUGUAGCCUUCUCUCAAGUGACAUCAUUAAUGUACAGAAAGUACAUGAGUUUUUAUCUCGAGAAGGACCUGAACUACUUCAUAUGCGUAUAAAGCAGCUAAUGAAACAGAAGCAUAUGGAAAAAGCUGCAAGACUAGCUAAGACAUGCGCAGAGUUUCCAGAAUUUGGAGGCAAAAAGAACUUCAAACCAAUCUACCUCGUAUGUCUCUGUGAAAUAAAGCCGCAAGAAGAACUUAUGCAAGAGAUAAAGGAGGUUGACUGCAAAGAGGCUCUGGACAUGAUUUGUAAUUUAGAGUCUGAGGAAGAGGAAAAGGGAGCUCUCGGUCUUUGUACGGCAUUUUUCAAGCGCCAGCUUCUCUGUGGCGAUGCUUAUUGUGCCUGGGAGCUGACACUGUUUUGGAGUAAACUUCUUAUACGGCUUGAAUCAAAACAGGCCUUUUUGGAGCAAUGCAGACUGUUAGCACGCCUCUCUGGGAGUGUGUACCAUAUUCUGCUCCUCAUCAAAGUCAUUCAGGCUGAGGUUGAGAAAGGUGGACUUUCAGUGUGCAUCGAAAUGUGCAUUCAAGCACUAAAAAUGGGAGUCAGUGAUAACGAGGGCUGCAAUAUCUCCAUCUGCAAAACAAUCUCUUGUUUGCUGCCUUUAGACUUGGAAGUAAAACAGGCUUGUCAACUCACUGAGUUCCUGAUAAAGCCAUCUUUGGAUUCUUAUUAUGCUGUUGAGACUCUCUUUAAUGAGCCCGACCAAAAGCUUGAGCAGGAUGAUCCACCGAUUCUAAAUUCACUACGCUGUGACCUGUUGUUGGCCUUAAAGACUAAGUGGCCUUUCGAUCCAGAGUUCUGGGACUGGAAAACCCUAAAACGUCAAUGCCUUGCUUUGAUGGGUCAGGAGGCAGCAGCUAUAUUGUCUACUGACAAAUUUACUGACAGUGAAGACAAUGAAGUCCAUGACCUUGAUGAGAAAUAUUUUAGACAUCUGCAUUUUACCCAUAGUCCUACUUAUGAACUCGGUGAGGUUGAAGAAGAAAGAAAGAAGAAAAAGGAAAUGAAGAAGAUGAGAGAGAGGGGAUUUGUUUCUGCUCGAUUCCGCAAUUGGCAAGCUUAUAUGCAGUAUUGUGUUUUGUGUGAUAAAGAGUUCCUUGGACACAGGAUUGUGAAGCAUGCAUUGAAGCAUGUCCAAGAUGGGAUUUUCCAUUGUCCAAUAUGUACUGAGACUUUUGAAACUAGAGCAAUUCUAGAGCCUCAUGUGGCAUCACAUGUGAAACAGUCAUGUAAGGAGCGCCUUGCUGCUAUGGGUGUGAGCAAGAAACGUCCCAGUUCUGACACCAAGUUAACAGCAGCUAACAGUACUUCGAGCAGAGCAGAAGAGCACUAUAGCAGAGAAGAGCACUACAGCAAAACUGCUGCAAUAGUUAGCCAAGGGACAAUUUACAAUAAUCUGUAUGCUUCAAAUGGUAGUCCCAUCACAAAUGUGAAAAGUAAAAUUAAGUCAUCAUCCCCAAAACAGGGCAACCCUAUUCGUGAUGUUAACAACACUAAACUUUGUUCCUGCCCUGUUACAAGCUGUCAGAAAGUUUUUAAGUACUUCAGGAAUUUGGUUGCACAUGUUAAGGCCCACAAAAAUGAGCGGGAAGCAACACAUUUCCUUGAAAUACAGAGCCAGAAGGCUUUGUGCCAAUAUUGUCACCGCCAGUUUGUUAAUGUGACCCAUCUUAAUGAUCACUUACAGAUGCAUUGUGGUGAGAAGCCCUAUUUUUGCAUUCAGCUUGGAUGUAACUGCAGCUUUUCCUCCCAUGCUGAGCUUCUGAUACACAGAAAAGAACAUGCUGAAUUUAAGGCACAGUGUGCAUAUCCAAACUGUGAGAGAAUAUUCAACGAGACAUACUUGCUAUAUGAUCAUGAAGCGCAGCACUACAUGUUGUUCUCCUGCAAAAGUCAUAACUGUGACAAGGUGUUCUACACCCUGUCUGAGCUAAAUUUGCAUCAGAAAGGACACACAAAGCAGGACCGCUCUGCUGUUGAUGUGGGCUCACCUUCUCAACUGGAAUUACCAGCUUCGACUUGUCCUGCCUUAGAGUUGCCUCCAAGCCAAAUUAAAGAGAUUUCUCAAGAGUCUACCCCAGUAGAAAUGAAAUGCACGGUUGAAAACAUAGUAGACACUCAUGAUUCCACAGAACAACCUAAGCACCUUGUAUCAGGAACAGCUAAGUUGACAGUAAGCAAAACUGAUUCCCAAACUAAUGCUACUCAGCCUGAUGGAUCGAAGACAUCUCAUUGUCUUGGGAGAACAAAGCAAUUGGAUCUUGAAUCAUGCUUUGUAAAACUGCAGCCUAUUCCCAUCAAGUGCAAUGAUCCAAUAUAUUUAAAUUCUCUAAAGAAUACUGACUGUGAAACUCAAACACUCUUGAAAGACAAGAAAUUGUUUUCUUUCCCACAGAGUCAGCUUGAGCCUUCAACAUUGAAGUCAUCUCUCUCUGUGACAAAAGCCAACAGAGAAGAAGGUCUGACUCAUGUGUGUCCAUUCGAAACCUGUACACGGAAAUACAGCACCUCAAAAAGUUUAUCGAGACAUGUCAAAAAUGUUCAUUCGGAGGCCUUUGAGGAGUGGAAGCUGUCAAAGAAGUACAAACGGAUUGCGGAAAUUGCUGCAAAAAAAUCUUCUGAGCACACAACCGCUAGUUCUCAGAUACCAAAAUGGACAAGCCGUUCCAAACAAACUGAACAUACUGCAUUUCUGGACUCAGUGAUUCAAAGUCCUUCUUCUGCUUUUUCCAAUCACGAUAGUAUGCAGUCUGCAAGUGCCAAGUUUUGCUCUCAGCUUGAAAACACUCAAAGUGCAACAUCACCAAACCCGACAGGUCUGAUGCAGUUACCAAUAACUCAGACAUGGGAAACACCCUCAAUGGAAAAUCUGGAUUCAGGUUUUUCUGUAAAUGAUCCUUACCGCUCUACGAUUUUAUCUGACAACCAACACACAAACCCGUCAUACCAUUCUGACACAGUCUUAAAUUAUGCAUCUCCCUCAUCUUACGAUGACAUCAUCCCCCUUUCUGUGAAUGCCCACACACCCUCCAGUGUGAUGAACGAAGCAAAAUAUGUGUCAAGCUCUCUUAGAGUACUACAUGCACUUAACAGCGAUCAGACUUGUGACUUGUCACAGGUUGAGUCAAGUGUUAAUCCUGGAUUCAGUCAAAUUGGACAAAACCAUCUCAAUGAUAUUUCCAUCAGCACUGGUUUGCUGCCAACAGGAUCAUUCUCUGGACACAAUGUCAGCCUAUAUUUUUCAACUUUGCCUUCCGAGGAAACUUCUAUUUCAGUGCAGCCAUUGGCAAAUUCAAACAAAGAAAUCAGCACUGAUAGUACCGAUGCAUUAUUCUCAUCAGAUAUCAAAUGUAUGUCGAAUCUUUUAAACCCUCAAUUUAAGGAAUCGGGAGAAGAUUUCUUUGGUGCUGCCCCCCUGACUGAUGAGAAAAGUCCAGAAGAUUUAUGUAAUCAUGAACUGUCACAGGAAGGAACUGAAGGAAUUGCUUCAGAUGACCAGAACAUUUCAGGUUUUGGAGAAACUGGGAAAUCCAAAAAAAUUAAACCAUCUAAGAGAACAAAAUGGCCUGCCAUAAUACAGGAUGGGAAAGUAAUUUGCUGCAGGUGCUAUAGAGAGUUUUCAAGCACAAAGUCACUAGGAGGUCAUUUAUCAAAACGUUCUCAGUGCAAACCUGUUGAUGAAAUUGAUCUUACUGCUGAUUUACCAGUAUCAUUUCUUGAUUUUCUGAAUGAUCCUGACAUUUCAACGGUGCAAAUGCCUCUCCCUGCGAAUGACAUACAUGAGCACAAUCACAAAUCCUGCAUCUAUGCACCAUCAGAAUCAAAUAUCUUUAAUGGGAACACUUUAACAAGCGUGCAUAGCACAGACAGCCUCCAGAACACUAUGUCCUCUCAAGACCCCUCUGAAAUGACUAGAAAUGACAGUUUCUUCCAUCCACCUGUAACAAACACAGGCACAGAAAUCAAAACUGAAGUUGAAUUCACCCCUGCAAAUACUGGUGAAGAUGGCAAAAUCAUAGAAAUUGAAAGGGCACUACAGCGUCUUGAUUUAGUUGAUAUACUUAGUCAAGACAAAUGUGUAUCUGUGAGCAUUAACCUGCAUGAUCUAAGCUCUGAAGCUGUCACCAGAAAUGAUCAGUGUCACACAAUUAAAGAUCCUGUACAAAAUGAGCAGAAAUGUUUUUUAAAGCCCUUUAGAUGUAAAGAAGGCUGUGUUUAUGGAGCAAUGACAAAAGAAGCUUUAUUUAAACACCUUAGCCGUGUACAUGAUUACAGUGAGGAAAGGAUAAAUGAAAUGAAGAAAAACCCUGACAAAUUAGCACCUUACAACUGUCAUCUAUGUUCGAAGACAUUUACCAGAACCACAGGCCUUAAAAUUCACUACAAAAAUGUCCACCAUUUUUCAAAAGAGGAAUUGUCUGGCUUGAAAAUUGGUCUUGGUUACAGAAAGAUCAGAAAAUCAACAGAAAAUGUGUCAGAAAAUGCACAUACCAGUUUCAUCAUCGACCAGGGAAAAGACUCCCUGUCAGAACAGUCUCAAUCCCAAAUCAGUACAAAUUUGACAGUUACCUCUGUUGAUUCCAAUGUUAAAGGAAAAGCCAGCAUAAUUGCCAAAAGAAAAAAUAAAUGCCCCACUCAAAACUCCCUUACAGUUGCCAGCACUGACACCUCCAGGACUGUGGAAGCAUCACAGAAAAAUGUAGUAAAUCUUGAUGGGCUUUCAGCUACAAAUAUAAAACUAGAAAGCCCCUCUCUGACUGAAGAGAAACAUGUUAUUGAAUUAAAUGAGCCAGGUAUAUUUGCAGUGCAAGAGCUGAGUGGUGGAAGUCCUCCGUAUCUCUUUGACACAAUUAAUGCUCCAGACAACAGAACAGAAUAUGCAACUCCACAAUCUAACAGACAAAUUGAGACAAAUUCAAAUGUGAUUGUUGAUCUUCAAGAGAAAGCUAAAAUGCCAGUAGACAAUAUUGAUUUUGGUGAUUCAAGUGAUGCACAAAUUGUGUACCGGCCAUACCGAUGCGUGCAUGAAGGAUGUGUGGCUGCCUUUUCAAUCCAACAAAAUCUUAUCCUCCAUUAUAGGGCUAUGCAUCAAUCAGAAUGUGAUAACAAAGACAGUGCUAAAGAAACUGAUGGAGUUGUCCAAGUGCAGGAAUACAGAUGCCAAGUCAAACAAUGCUCAAAAGUAGUGUCGAAAGUUACCAGUUUGUUGAAACACUAUCUUUUACUCCAUAGAUGCACAUUGGAAAAGGCAAGUGCAUUGUUAUCCGGUGUUGAGGUAGGCACGUUUCAGUGCGACCAGUCAAAAUGUUCUGCUCACUUCACGUGUCAUUUGAAGUACAUUGAUCAUAUAAAAAAUGAUCACAAAGCAAUAAAGGUUUCAGCGGAUGGGGACUUUGAGAGCGUGGACCUCACAUUCAGGUGUCAGUUCGAAGGUUGUGACCGGGUUUAUACAACCAAGUCAAACCUUCUUCGACAUCUUAUGAAGAAACAUGAUGCUACUUUUGAAACUAUGAAAAAGAAACAAGAAAAUGGGAUUGGGGAUGAUGUUCAAGCAAAAAAGUUAAGUUUAAGUGCAGGUUCUAACAAUGGAAAAGAGAAUAUUGCAAAUAACAAUAUUAAAAUGAAGAGGAAGAAUUCAAAAAAGAGAGAGGACAAGGCCCAAAACCAUUGGAUGACGAUAGAAAAGCCUGCUCUUAAAUCCACCGAUGAAGCAUCUGCCAUGUGCAAUGAAAGACUUCCUUUACAGUACCCGUGCAUGAUUGAGAGUUGUGAUUCAGUAAUGAGUGCUGAGCACAGUAUAAUAAAACAUUACACCACUCACGGUCUCACAGAACGGUACAUUGAGGAUCGGAGAAGCCAGUUCAUAUUUUGCAAGAAAAGCAAUGAGAUGCCCAGAGCAGAUAACACCUCAAAAAAUGUUGAGGUUGCGGAAACAGUCUCUGAUGGAGAUCAAACAGAGAAUUCAAAGGUCAGUUCUCAAGAUGUAGGCCCAGAGCCUGCAACGGAGGUUGUAGUUAAUGAAGCUUUCGUUUCCACAACCAUGCCAGUAAUCAAACGGAAAAGGGGUCGUCCACGGAAGUCAGAAUGUAGAAACAAAAUCAGUGUCGAGAGAAAACAAAGUCUUCGGAACUGCUCUGCUGAGCAUGUUAAAUGUUUGCUGAAAGUCUCAGGAUCCAUAUUGAACUCGUCAAACUCUCAAGGGAACCAUGAAGUUGCACUAAAACUUUAUAAGCCUUCAGAGUUUGAGACAUCCGUCCUGAAGUUCAGUGAAGACUCUCUAUCCAAUCAAUCAAAACGACAGCGAACACUUCAACCAAUCAUCCCAGAGAGCGAUCAAGUCCAAUGCAUUGUUAAUUUCAGAAAUCCACUAAAGAUUGAGACUGUGAAGAAUGUUAAAAUUGUUAUGUAUGAAAACGUAUCCACUUCUUCUGAACUUCUGCUAAGGCAACUUCAAGAUAUGCAGCCUUUGGUUAUCCUGACAAAGGGGCUGCACAGUUGAUGGUUAGAUGGUUGGUUAUAUAUAUAUAUAUAUAUUAAUCAAGGCCUUGUUCUCAGGACCACAUACUGUGUCACAUGCUGCUGACAUGUACAUCCAAUUACACUCUUGCAUUUAUAGUAGUUCCAACACCUUGUUUGUUAAUGGAUUUUGAUUAGUGCUUUAAAAGAA